UGACAGUCAUAGACAGCUGCAACCAUCGGCUCACCAAUCCUUUGAGGCUAUUCGUGGCAAUCUGAGCAGGCCAGUGAGCACCGACAGUGUCGCUCUGUCGUGGCAGAGAGGGGAGCCCACCAUCAAAAUGGCUGCUUUGACGAUAGACCCGGUGCAACAGCCUCGGAUGUACCAACAGUCCCUGCUGCAGGAUGGACUAUGUGACCUUCUAGAGAAUGACAAGUUUGUGGACUGUGUCCUGAAAAUCCAGGACAAGGAGUUUCCCUGUCACCGCUUGGUUUUGGCUGCCAGCAGUCCCUUCUUCAAGGCCAUGUUCCUGUCUGAACUAGAGGAGAGUAAGAAGCGGGAGAUAGUCCUUAAAGAUGUGGACCCAAGUGUUAUGGGGAUGAUCCUGCGCUACUUAUACACAUCUGACAUUAAUCUCACAGAGCAGAAUGUUCAGGAUAUCUUCAUGAUUGCUAACAUGUACCAGAUCCCUUCCAUCUUCUCUGUAUGUCUAUCAUACCUUCAAGAGAAGAUGGUGCUGGGAAACUGCCUUGCCAUCUUUAAAUUGGGUCUUCUUCUGGAUUGUCCGAGGCUCGCUCUCGGAGCUAGAGAAUUCAUCUGUGAACGCUACCAAGUUGUUGUCAGGGACCAGGACUUUUUCCAGCUCAGCCCAAGUGAAUUAGCCAUCAUCAUCUCUUCAGACGCCCUAAAUGUUGACAGGGAAGAGCAGGUUUUUGAAUCCCUGAUGGGCUGGAUCAAACAUGAUGAGCCAACACGGUUAAAGGAACUCCCUGAGUUGUUACACUGUGUCCGAUUCAGGCUCAUUCCAAUUGACUACUUCAAAGAAAAGGUUCAGCGUCAUCAGUACAUACGAUUUAACCAAGACAUCAAGAAGGAGCUGGAUCUCAUCGCAGAUGCUUACCAAGGCCGUCUCCCCAAGCCGAAGAAGAUUGAAGGAGCAAAGGGAGGGGAGGAGACGGACGAGGAGGAUGAGGAGGGAUACCUGCCUGGAAUCCUGAACAACAACCCUCGCUUUGGGAUGUUUGAGAUGGACCUUAUACUCUUGAUCAACAACACAGGGACUGUGGCCUAUGACCCGGCAGGAAAUGAGUGCUUUGUGGUUUCAGAAUCUACAGAGAUUCCCAAGAACCACUCAAGCCUGGUGACAAAGCAGAACCAGAUAUUUGUGGUUGGAGGACUUCUCUAUAAUGAGGAGGACAAAGACGAACCGUUCCUGUCUUACUUCCUACAGUUUGAUCCAGUAAGUUCGGAAUGGUUGGGAAUGCCUUCACAGCCCAAUCCUCGGUGUCUGUUCGGCUUGGCUGAAGUUGAAAACUCUAUCUUUGUUGUUGGUGGGAAACAGCUGAAGGAGGGAGAACAUGCCCUGAGUUCAGUCAUGAUCUAUGACAGACAGUCAUUCAAAUGGGGAGAGUCAGACCCUCUGCCUUAUGAGGUGUAUGGCCAUGGGACUGUUGCACACAAGGGUCUUGUCUAUGUUAUUGGAGGAAAGUCUGAGAGCAAGAAAUGCAUGAGAAGAGUCUGCGUCUACAACCCCACUAAGUUUGAGUGGAAGGACUUGGCUCCUCUGACAACUGCCAGGUCUCUCUUCGGCAUCACCAUCCAUAAUGACCAGAUCUAUGUGGCCACAGGGGUGACUGACUCAGGCCUUACCAGCUCUGUUGAAGUCUAUGACAUUACCACCAACAAGUGGUCUGAGUUUACAGAGUUCCCUCAGGAGCGCAGCUCUCUUAGUCUCAUCUCAACAGGGGGUUAUCUGUAUGCUAUUGGAGGUUACGCCAUGAUGCCCAGUGAAACUAGUGAAGAAACAGCACCAACUGAGAUGACUGAUAUCUGGAGAUAUGAUGAAUCAGAGAAAUGCUGGACUGGGAUUUUGCGAGAGAUCUGCUAUGCAGAGGGAUCCACCAUUCUCCCAGUGCGUCUCAACACUCUUCGCCUCACCAAGUUAUAAUCAAACUGAACUGCUUCAUGUUGCAUCCUGAAGUCAAUGUCAUUUCUCCAUGUGGACAAUGGACAACAGUUUGGAGUAGAGAAUUAUACAGGGGAACCUUGAAAAAGUAAAAAAUGAGCUAUGAGAUCAGUGUAAAGUUUUAUCACAUCUUUUACUGCAGGGGGAGACAGACGCAUGCCUACUGAUUAAAGCUAAAGGAGAAGGACAAAUAAAUUGCACCAAAAAUGACAAAAAUGCUAGACCUUAAUCUCAUCUUUCCUUUUGGUGGAUAUUCCAAUAAAUGUGUUUACUACAUUCAAUGUUGCAUUUAAAUAAAAGUAAGAUGGCUGAAUAA